AUGGUGUCCUUUAACAUUCUCAGCGCCUUGACUUGGUUAGACUCGGCACAGAGAAUUUUGCCCGUUUCACCUCCCAUCCACUCAGUCAAGGCAAAGCUGACCGGCAAUCCUUGCAUCCAAGUCGAUGGAGUAUGGAAAAUCACCGAAGACUGCAUCGAUCCUAUAUACUCCCGGCCUGUAAUCGAUAGUGAAGCUCAUGAGACAUUGCCGAUCCCUCAUCUUCGAGUGUCAGGGCACUUCGAAGGAACAGUAGUCGACUUCAACAUCUACCUACCCGACAAUGGAUGGGAGGGUCGCUUUUUCCAACUUGUCCAUCCACUACAAAACUCAACUGCAUCUGAUCGAGAGAUUGGCUUUGGAGCAGACAGCGGAGGAUAUACCGUUCGUGCAUCUGGUCUACCAACCUAUCGCGGUGAUGCUGCUACAGCAAAGUUCAGCAUGGUGAUUGCCAGUGAGUACUACAAGCCCAAGGCCAACAAAAUUCAUGGAUAUAUCUACGGAGGUAGUGGUGGAUCUCUUGUCACCGUUGGAGCAAUGGAAAAUACGAUUGGUAUAUGGUCUGGUGCUGUGACACUUGUCCAAGCUGUACCGGUUUCUAUCAACAACUGGUCUGUUCGUGCUCUCGCGGGUCUCGUUCUUCAGAAUAAGAGUGCCGAGAUCGAGGAAGCGCUUAGGCCUGGUGGUAGUGGGGACGUCUACUCAACCUUCAGUCACACUGAAAGAAAGGUCUUUGAAGAGGCCACGGCCCUUGGUGUCCCUAUCAAAGGAUGGGAGACAUUCUACGAAACUGGGGCGUCUGAGUCACUUUGGGAGUCCAUAAGAAGUGUGUCCGGCUCGGCUGUGAUGAGAAUGGAUCCGACCUAUGUGGAAGACUUUUGGAACCAGCCGGGAUACUUGGGCACUGAAAAGUCUAAGCUUGGUGAUAUGGUUCGCGAGGAGAUGCUUGAUUACGAAACCUUGAUCACUUCUAUCAAGUAUGACGUCAACAACGUUCCUGUCGAGCUGACCGUCGGCGAGGCACCAAAAUCAACGAGAGCAUACUGGUUGGACAUCAUCAUCAUGUCCAAAGAUGGCGAGGAAAUUGGUAAGAUCACAGCUAAGGGUCAGGACAACAGUGAUAACAAGACUGUCACCCUUCACCCAAAUAAUGACACCGCAGCCCUCUCCCUUCUACAAAAAGGGACUCAAGUCCACAUAAGGAACCGAAUGUUCCUCGCCAUGCACGCACUCCAUCGUUACUCGCUACCGAAACGCGCAGGCUUCUACGGCUAUGACUAUCUCCGUGAUUCCAAGAGAACUCCCAUCUAUCCUCAGCGCUCAGUGCUUGUUGCAGAGCAAAUAACAAGGUCGGCUAGUGGCGGCGCUACUUUUUCGGGCAAGUUCAACGGCAAAAUGAUCGUCAUGGAUAAUCUGUUGGACGUUGACGCGUUUCCGUGGCAUGCAGACUGGUACAAGCACCAAGCCAGAGAGGUCUAUGGGGAUGAUAUCGAUAACAAGUUUCAUCUUCAUUACACUGAGAACGCGGACCAUCAAAUGGGUCCUGUUGAAGGCCCCAAAAGCUAUAGAGUUGUGGAGUUUACAGGCAUUUAUGAGCAGCAUCUUCGAGACUUGAGUAUCUGGUGUGAGACCGGGACAUAUUCAAGUACUCCGACCAAUUACACCAUACAUAACGGUCAAGUUCAUCUUCCAGCCACUGCCCCAGAGAGGAAAGGAAUCCAGCCUGUCGUGGGCCUCACCGUCGAUGGUAGCAAACAAGUCGAAGUCAAAGCAGGCACUACAGUUAAUUUUAGGGUGCACGUCGGGGUUCCUCCUGGCGCAGGAAAAGUUGUUUUCUCGCAGUGCGAUUUUGAAGGAACAGGUAAUUUUGUCAAGCAGAGCUUUGGAGCUGUUGCACAAUCUGUCGAGUUUACGGUUUCAUAUACCUACCAUCGACAUGGGAUUUUCUUUCCUGCCGUUAGGGCUGCUUCCCGUAAGGAGGGCAACAUGGAUUCGCCAUAUGGUUUGGCUUUGAAUAUGGGGUGGACCAAGGUCGUCGUCAUUUAG